ACCAGCUAAUCAAUAUACAUGUAUCUUGAGUGAAGAAAGCAAGUCCAAAUUCUUGAAUUUACUCGGGGAAUGGAGGCUGCUGCACCUGCAUCUCUCAUGUAUGAAGAAAUUGAACCACUAACUGAAACUGUGGAGGCAAAAGAUUGUGACACCAUUCUUCUCCAUGUACCUGGUUUCAGAAAGGAGGAACUGAAGGUCCAACUGACUUCAGUAAAUACUGUAAGGAUCAGAGGACAGAGAGAGGAUGAAAACAAUAAAACUAUCAGCUUUCGGAAAGAUUUCUCUGUUUCAUCUGAUUAUGAUUUAACAGAGUUAGUGCUAAGUUUGAAGAUGGCAUCUUGUAUGUUAGACUACCAAAAGUCACCGCUCCAGAAGGCAAGCAAGAUAGCAAAUUGCCUAUCCCUGAGCCUCCAACACCUCAGACUCCUGCAGACAAGCCAGAAUCUUGGAUGCCUGCAGAUAAGCCACAGCCAUCCCAGAAGCCUGCAGAUGAGGUUGACAAAGGAACUAAUGAAAAUGCAAAUGGAUAGAAAAUUACAUGAGGACUGCACUUGA